UUUUUUAAAUCGUCAUAUAUUCAAAGUCCUAGGCGUUUUCCCUAUUUAACCCUUUUUUCUCUCUCUCUUUCUUUUUCUUUAUAAUGAGUUGGAAAGGUGUAAAAAAAUCAAUCAGUAGACUACCACACAAUUUGAAAAAUAGAAACGGUGGAGAAGAUGUCACUCGAGAUCUAGAAUACCUUAGUUUGGAAUCUCGGUAUAAAGAAUUAGUCCAGUUUUCAGACGACCUUUGUUUAGAGACAACAUCAUAUCGCGACGGCUUAACAAGUAUGUUGCAUCAUCAAUUAGAAUGCGCAAAUAAUUUAGCCGAAGUCUAUGGACUAGCGGCAGAACCGGAAAUGCUACACAACGAAACUAAUUUAUCCCCCGAAAAGCAGCAAGUUUUGGAAGAUUAUGCUACCUCUAUGGUCUAUUGUAGAGAGGAGACUCUAUCACUCAUCAAUGAUUUACAAACAACCGUUAUAAAACCUGCCAGUGAUUAUCAGAUGCUGACAAGAUCAAUCGACAAAACCAUCACGAAACGCCAGCAUAAGCUAAUUGAUUUUGAUCGUCACAGAGUAUCAUAUAUAAAGUAUUCUGGCAUUACUGACCCAAGUCCCAGUGAGGAAAAAAACAUGUUUAAAAUGAAGACACAAUUUGAAAACGCGGAAUAUGAUUACAACCAUUUUAACGAUAUGCUUAAAAAUGAUUUGAUCAGAUUCUUAAACUUGACUCAGCAUUUUAUUGAACCAGUAGUUCAAAGCUUCUAUGAAAUUCAAUGUCGAAUUUAUGGUGGCUUUUAUGGCCGACUUCAUGAAGUCAUUCAACAUAAUCAGAAUCUAUUUCCAACCUUAAGUAUGCCCAUACAAGAGGGUUAUACAUUCAGAUUAUCCGAAAACAACGCCAUCUUAGAUCUUGAAGAAACUGAGAUCUUGAAAGGAUCAAAGUCCUGGGAUCGUAAAGGCUUCACAAAGAGCGGUGGUUCACCGACAUUUUCUUAUCAGCAAAAUGACUCGCCAAAUCAAAUACGUUCUAGUUUAUCAAGUCUAUCCCUCAAUAGUGCUAAAAGAAUGCAAAUGCCUUCUUCAUACAGUAAUACUAGUGCCAAUACACCACCUGCUAAUAAUGAUUAUCGACCUCCCAAUGCACCACCACCUUUAAAAAAGAAGCCUUCAUUACCUUUCGGAUCUAAUGCCAGCAAUGUAGCUAGCAAGUCCUCCUCUUUGCGUAACACGUCCAUGUCAUCUAUCAAACAAGAUGCUGCUAAUGCUUACGAUAAUGUGAAGCGAGCCAGCACGAUUGCAGAUAACCAUAAGCAAGGAAAAAUACCAACCAUGUCGGAUGUCAAAUUCGGAUACCAAAUGAGCAAGCAUAUCCCAUCGUCAUCUAAUUAUUCUUCGACUACAAUCCAAAAUGGGCCAUCUAUGUCGCCUGCAGGCAACGCUGCACCUAUCUCACCAUUUUCGGACCAACAAGAAGUAAUUAAGAAAAAACGUGCUCCACCCCCACCUCCGCCAUCAAGAGGCACAUCAAGAAAAGAAUAUGUCGAAGCAUUAUAUGACUUGGCAGCUUCACAAGAUGGAGAUCUUUCUUUUUCAGUGGGUGAUCGUAUUGAAAUAAUUGAAAGAUCAGAUAAUACAGAUGAUUGGUGGAAAGGAAGAAUCGGAAAUAGAGUUGGAAUGUUUCCAGCCAACUAUGUAAGACAGGGUGCGUAAUAUCGAUAUUUUCAUCGUUUAAAUAAAUAAUGUCCCAUACAAGCCCAGAAAAAAAAAAAGGUGGGGUCCCUGUUCAUACACUAGCGUUGAAAUGGCUGUUUUAAUUAAAAACUCACUGACUUUUUUGUGUCACCUACCUCUUAAGUCAAAAUCGGUUUAUUGGAUUGGUGCUUUUGACGUCAAUUUCAUUUCUUUUUUUAAUCCUCUAAAAUAUUUUUUUUUCUUUUUUUCUUUUUUUUCCGUUAUUCUAUUUUUUCUCUUCUACUUCCAUUAUGGGAAAUCAAGCGAGC